AUGUCUGCUGAUCGCCAGACUAUUAUCGAAGUGAACCGUUCGCUUCGCAACAUUAAAAAUGAACUCGAGAACCUCCUCGAACGAGGCGUGAUUGACGACUCCGUCUACGAUACCAUUAAUGUCGCUCUCCCUCCCGAGUCUUCCCUCUCAGGUCCUCUCCGAACUGCCACAGGCGCCAACAAGACCACCGCUGCCAAGGCCGUGUCUCCCGCGCCAACUCCCUCCCCCGCGCCAUCCGCUCAGGCGGCCCCUACCAAGGCCUUUAACGACCUCAAGAUCAAGUCCAACUCUCCUGCGCCGCCCGCAUACGACCAGACACCUCCUCCUGGCCUCCCUACUCGUAACGUCAAGCCUACCGUCGCACACGCUCGUGCUCUAUACCGCUACGCCGCCUCCGACGGUCGCGAUCUGUCCUUUGAGAAAGAUGACCGUAUCGCUGUCUAUGAGUAUAUGAACCAGGACUGGUGGAUGGGCCGCAACGAGCGCACAGGCCAGGAGGGUAUCUUCCCUCGCAACUAUGUGCUCGUGGACCAAGAGACCAAGAAACCCGUCCAGCCUGUGCAAGCGCCGGUGCCUCAGCCGCAGUACGGAUACCCUGCUUACUCUCAGGGCCCGCCUCCCCAGCAGAACCCCUACAACGCGCAUGUGCCGCCCAUGGCCGUCGCCGAGGGAUCCGGACAGCAGGCACAGGAAGGAGAUGGCAAGGACAACAAGGUGAACGAAUAUGGCAAGAAGUUUGGUAAGAAACUGGGUAAUGCUGCCAUCUUCGGUGCAGGCGCGUCCAUUGGAAGUGGCAUUGUAAAUUCCAUCUUUUAG